CUGGAGCUGGCCUGCAACCUGCUGGGGCGGCUCUUGUAGCCGCAGCCGCCGGAGCGGCCGCCGCCUCAGAAGCCUCUGGAGGGAUCCAGUUGGGAAGGAAGCGGAGGUGUAGCUGGCCCCGGCCUCUGCCUGGACACUUGAGGGGGACUACAGUACUCCCUCACGUGUUGCUAAAGGAGUUGUCGACCACACCAAAAUGAGUCUACAUGGUGCUAGUGGGGGUCACGAGAGAUCAAGAGAUAGACGAAGAUCAAGUGACAGAUCACGAGAUUCAUCUCACGAAAGAACAGAAUCUCAGCUCACUCCUUGUAUUAGAAAUGUUACUUCUCCAACACGACAGCACCACGUUGAACGUGAAAAAGAUCACAGUUCCUCUCGUCCUAGCAGUCCUCGUCCUCAAAAAGCAUCUCCAAAUGGUUCCAGUAGCAGUGCUGGAAACAGCAGCAGAAACAGUAGUCAGUCAAGUUCAGAUGGUAGCUGUAAGACAUCUGGGGAAAUGGUGUUUGUGUAUGAAAAUGCAAAAGAAGGAGCUCGGAAUGUAAGAACUUCAGAACGAGUGACACUAAUAGUGGAUAACACUAGAUUUGUUGUAGACCCAUCCAUUUUUACUGCACAGCCGAAUACAAUGUUGGGCAGGAUGUUUGGAUCUGGCAGAGAACAUAACUUUACACGUCCCAAUGAGAAGGGAGAGUAUGAGGUGGCAGAGGGGAUUGGCUCUACUGUGUUUCGAGCUAUUCUGGAUUACUAUAAAACAGGAAUAAUCCGUUGUCCUGAUGGCAUAUCUAUUCCUGAACUGAGAGAAGCAUGUGACUAUCUUUGUAUCUCUUUUGAAUAUAGUACUAUUAAAUGUAGAGAUCUCAGUGCCCUAAUGCAUGAGUUAUCAAAUGAUGGUGCUUGUAGACAGUUUGAAUUUUACCUGGAAGAAAUGAUCCUGCCUCUCAUGGUAGCUAGUGCCCAGAGUGGGGAGCGUGAAUGCCACAUAGUGGUGCUUACAGACGAUGAUGUGGUUGAUUGGGAUGAAGAGUAUCCACCACAGAUGGGAGAAGAAUAUUCACAAAUUAUCUAUAGCACAAAAUUAUAUAGAUUUUUCAAGUACAUUGAAAAUAGAGAUGUGGCCAAAUCAGUUUUGAAGGAGCGGGGUCUUAAGAAGAUUAGAUUGGGAAUAGAAGGUUAUCCUACCUACAAAGAAAAAGUAAAGAAAAGGCCUGGGGGCCGCCCAGAAGUGAUUUACAACUAUGUCCAAAGGCCCUUUAUUCGAAUGUCUUGGGAGAAGGAAGAAGGAAAGAGUCGGCAUGUAGACUUUCAGUGUGUAAAGAGUAAAUCUAUCACCAACCUUGCAGCAGCUGCCGCAGACAUUCCCCAGGACCAGCUGGUAGUCAUGCACCCAACUCCGCAAGUGGAUGAGCUGGAUAUUCUCCCCAUCCAUCCCCCUCCCGGCAACAAUGAUGUCGAUCCUGAUGCACAGAAUCCGAUGCUGUGAUUGUGAUGUCUCUUGAAACCAUAGCAUGCUACUCUCCACAGUGACGCUGCACUCUCCUCAUCCUGCACUGCAAGGCCACACUCUUCAUUGUGAGAUGCGCAGAACAACGGUUAGGAUAUUGCAGUGUAGGCUUUUCUAAAGACCAAAGGUAGCUGAAUGGUUUUUUAAAUGAGUACUACUCUAGCAUCUUGAGGUUCCAGUUAUAUAAAUGUAUUUAUUUAUCAGUAGGUUUGUGAAAUUGGUUCUUUGUAUGGGGGACAGCCCUUUUUCAUACAUCUAGAUCUUUUCAGAAGUGGUGGAAAUUGGCAGCUGGGGUACUUUCAGUCUAGAUGGAUAUUAAUCAUACCCCAGAUAAAAUGUAGACUAUUAUCUAGUUGCACUUUAUAUAUGGUGGUUAAGUGGAACUGUUCAAGCCAUUUUUAUAGUUGUGAUGCACAAUAUAAUUUAAAUAAGUGCUUCUAUCAAAGUAUUCCUUCCGUAAAUGUGUGUAGUUUGCUGCCCACGAUGAGCAGAAAACAAGUGUCAGUGGGCUUAUUUGAGUGAUUAGGAUGGGAUUCAGUGCCCAUCCUCAUCAGUUAUCUCCAGUGCCGUUUCCAUCCUUCUCAAGUGAGUCACAUGCAGGGAGUGUAAACAUCAGGUGGUGUAUUAUUCAGUCUGCCUUACCCUUGAUCUGUUCACAGAUAUUUAUUUACUAAUGAUUUUUUUCGAGUUAUGGGAUAGGAAAAUGAAGUGUUUGCUCUUCAUUUACUAAAUGAUUGUAAACUCGUUUUUCAUCAAAAU